AUGGAAUGCGAUGGAGAUCUUGUGGCGCUGCAAGCUGAGAUAGACCGAGAGCAGCAAGAAUUAUUGUCACUUGUGGAGGAACAGCAUGGUGCCUGGCGGCAGAAGCUGCGUCUCUCUUUCGCACGGCUUCGUGUUCUUUCAAAGCAGGCGAUUCUCCAUGAGAUUGGUGACAGCGAGUCCAAUGCUUCGCUCAAGGAGACCGGCGCUCCUUGUACUCACGGCCCCCGCCCGGCAGUCGCGGGUCAUAUAACUGCCCAACCUUUGGCUGCAGGGAUCGAUCCGCUGCCUCUGCGUGUGGACGAAGAGAUCAUAGAGCACAGCAUAAGGGAAUCCCCUACCUGGAGUUUGGACAGAAGCUUGUCACCCAAAAGUGCCAUAGCCGUGCCAGUGGCGGAGCCUUCAGGAUCACAGAGCGGGAAGGUGAUUGCCCCGGCCAUGUCAUCUGUGGAUUUUCGCUUAACAGAACGAACAAUAUCUGUCAACGGCGUAGCUCUGUUACGACAGAGGGUAAAACUCUACAUCGACUACGUUGCUGGAGUCUUUGUGCUAUUAAACACCAUCUUGAUGUUGGUGGAGUUGGAGUGGGAGGGGAGGGCCUCGGGCUACCACAUUGGGAUGUCUCCGCCAUUGCCAUUUGAACAUGCUGAGCCAAUUUUCCGCGUCCUGGACUCUAUGUUUGUUUACAUCUACCUAGCCGAGCUGGUACUUCGCAUGUGGAUAACAUGGCCAGAAUUCCACCGAUCCUGUUCCAACUGGUUUGACGCUGUGCUCGUUACCUCCGGCUUGGUGGACAUCUACAUUAUUGUUCCUCUAGCGCACGGCCAGAGCGGCGGCUUGAGAAACAUCGCAAUGCUUCGCUUGUUCCGAGCCGCGAAGUCCUUAAGGUCAAUGCGCAUGGUACGGACAUUCAAGCUUUUUCAUGGCUUGCGCUUGCUUGUUCAAGCGUGCACAUCGUUUUUGCCUUCGCUGGGCUGGUCAAUGGUGCUCCUCUGCGUUUUCAUGCUCAUGGGAGCCCUGAUCAUGGGAAAUUUGCUCCAAGACUGGAUCAUGGACGAUGAGAUGCCGCUUGAAGACAGGCGGUGGGUGUGGCUACAUUAUGGAACUUCAUGGCAGUCCUUCUACACGCUCUACGAAAUCACUUUUGCUGGGAACUGGCCAACGCGAGCAAGACCCAUUCUAGAAAAGGUGAGUCCCAUCUUUGCCGUCUUCUUUCUGACUUACAUUACUGUGAUUGUCUUUGCAGUUAUCAGAGUGAUUUCUGCAAUUUUUCUCAAGGACACCUUGGAUGCCGCGCAUAGUGAUGCUGAGAACAUGGUAGCAGAAAACCUCCAGAAGAAGGCGGACUAUGUAAAGAAGCUGGAGACCUUCUUCAAAGCCAUUGACGAGUUCGGAGACGGUCUGAUCACAGAAGCAAGGCUGAAGGACAUCUUGAAUAAUCCGAAGGUCGCAGCUUAUUUUGCUACCCUGGAAGUUGAUGUGCACGAAAGCGCUGCACUCUUCCACCUGUUGGAUGAUGGAGAUGGCCAGGUCACGCUGACGGAAUUCAUAGAUGGGAUCUGCCGGUGCAAGGGCCCUGCCAGAGCAAUCGAUCAGGUCGCCAUGCACUCAGACAUCCGGCAGCUUGACAAAAAAAUCACAAAACUUGUCCGAGUUCUUCGAGAUUCGAAGUUGAUUGACAGCCGAUCCAAAUCGCCGGGAAAGCGAAUGUCCGGCCAACCCGCUAAUCGAGCGCAAGAUUUGUUGACUUUCAGAAUGAGAUCUUUAGAGGGGGAUGGUGGCUUUUCGAGACACCAUAGUCCAUUUUGA